AGUAACAUCUUGAUCAAUUCUGAACCAGAGACGAUGGCGGUUCGCUCGUGUACAUUAGGAUCAGGCCUCCAUAUUAGACUCUCACUUGUGUUGUUACUCUAUUUGGAAAUUGUCACCAAUCAAGCUUGUUCCACAAUUAUACCGUUCUGGUAUGUUUCGUGCUAUGCGGAUUUUAACAUUAGUAAACUGGACUUGUAUAAUGUCAGCCUGCUGAAAUUUCACGAAUGCGCGCAGGACUGCGCAGAGACCUCAGUUUGCUGGUCUUUUCUGUUCGACAGUCGCCAUGACACAUGCGCAUCUUACCGUCUUAAAUCUACGAACACCGGUCCAUUCCCAGAAGCAAAGUACUUUCUGAAAUAUGAAACAGAAGAUACGUGUACGCAAGCACCAGCAGCUGAAUGUUACCGCGACGCGAAUAGUGGCAGAGCGGACUACGCCGGGCGGAAAGUAACGACAGAAUCAGGGAUCACGUGUCAGAGAUGUUAACGUUUGUGUUUAAAAACACUAUAUGCAAUAUAUCAACCAAACUGUGACCCAUAAAUAUCAGUACUACAACCCCUACCUCAAAGUAUUAACUGCAGAAAAUGGUACCUUUCAUGGCU